UUAUUACCGUUUGCUGAGCAACAAGCCUAAUAUAAUCAUGGUUCAGCCUCAUCCACAGUUUUUAGGCAUAUUAUUGAUUUCACACCAUGCCAUGAAAGGCUUAAUACUGUGAUUUACAUCCACGAUAAUGACAGCCAAUAUCCUCGAAGUUCUCAACGUCUACAACCCCUUGGAUUAUUUGAAGACUUUCUUACCCCCAAGCGCUUUGUUACCUUUUUGCAUGCAUUUGAUUUGGUGUUGGAUACCCUCUCCUAAAUUUCUUCUUCUAUCUCUCUUACGAAGCGUGUUUCCUACCCGUUUUUUUGUUUCCUCCAUUGCGUACAGACCCCAUGGCUGGAUACUGAAACGAGCCUUUUCUUGGUUCUGGGUUGGUUAUGUUUGGAACCAUUUUGGUUGCGCUUUCCUCAUGUAUGUCGAAAAAAGAUCUACUACAACAUUAGACAUAUACAUAGGGAUGUUGGGCUGUAUGGGUAUAUAGGAGAUACGCUCAUUGCGAGCUCAAAAUAAUACAAAAAGUGUCCAGAGUCAAUAUGGGGUCUAUUAAU